AUGGCCGACUCAUCGCCUCUUUCCUUCCUUGCGGACAAUUCCGUCGCCGCAGCUAUUAAGGAUGCAUACACCUCGUUCUCAGAGCGAAGGGAGGCUCUUGGCCUUUCCAACCCAGGAACCGUGGAUAACAUCGGAAGAGAAGUCCAGAAGGAUGUCUUGCUUUCCAACUUCAUGUUCACAGGUCUCCGAGCAGACUUGACAAAGGCCUUUGGCAUGUCGCCUCUGUUCCGUGUGUCGCAUGCUUUCUCCAUGGGUGGUUCAGGCAACCUGCCUCCGUACAACUUCUCGGCCAUGUACGGAAGUCAAAAUGUUUUCAUGCAAGGCAACCUCGGAAGCGACGGUGGACUCGCUGCGGUCGGUAACUACCGUUGGACCGACAAGUUUGUCACAAAGACCAACGCCCAGGUCAUGUCGGGAGCAGGCCAGGCACUGAUGCAGAUCGACAAUGACUACACUGGUGAUGACUUCUCGGCAUCCAUCAAGGGUUUCAACCCAUCCAUCUUGGAGGGUGGCCUUACCGGAAUCUUCGUCGGAAGUUACUUGCAGUCCAUUACUCCCAGCCUGGCUCUCGGUUUCGAAGCCAUCUGGCAGCGACAGGGUAUGAGCACUCGUCCGGAGACUGCCCUUUCUUACUGUGCCAAGUACAAGACCCCCGAAUGGAUCGCUAGUGCUCAAUUGCAGGCCCAGGGUGUCCUGUCUGCCUCGUACUGGAGGAAGCUUUCGGAGCGUGUCGAGGCUGGUGUUGAUAUGAACCUUCAGUUCGCCCCCAACGCUGCUGCUGCUAUGAUGGGUGGUCCCAGCCGCGACGGCACAACCUCCAUCGGAGCCAAGUAUGACUUCCGUGCUUCCACAUUCCGUGCCCAGGUCGACAGCGCUGGAAAGGUUAGCUGCCUUUUGGAGAAGCGGAUAGCCAUGCCCAUCGCCCUUACUUUUGCUGGUGAGAUUGACCAGGCCAAGCAAACGGCUAAGCUCGGUCUUGCUGUAUCCCUUGAGAUCGCUGGCGAAGAAUUGAUGGAGCAGCAGGAGAAGAUCGAGGCCCAGGGCAUGGUCACUCCUCCUUUCUAA